CCAAUGAGACAACUGUUAACAACAAACAAAGAAAGAGAAAGAGAAAGAGCUUAAUUGCACUGCUACCCGUAAAGUGGAUAGAAGAAGCACAGUUAAAAAGACAGGGAAACCGGACCUGAAUCCAUUUUACACCGCACCGCUAGCAGCUCUUGCUGGCGGCCGGCGCCCUUUCCCUUUCCCUUCCCCUUCCCCAACCAAACCUCAACACUCGCAUUUCGAAUCCGAUCUCUCUCUCUCUCGUUUCUCAAAGAAGAAGACACAAGUAUCUGAAUCGUUUUCUGACUGCUGGGUUGUAUACCAAGAGGUAAAAAAAGAUCUUCUCUUCAUCGGAAGGACCGGUAAUUCCACACAUCGGCUAUCUUUCCUGCUUUUGUCUCUCUCCGCUAUAAAGGCUUAUAGAUUGGUGGAAGUUGACUUGUUUAUAUGCCAAUGGAGAACAAUUUGACGCUAAAAACAUACAUGGCCAUCAUGGCUGAGAGAGACGCAGCAAUAAGAGAACGAAACAUGGCACUAGAUGAAAGAAAACGACUAUUUGCAGAACGAGACAUGGCUAUGCUACAAAGAGACGCAGCCCUAGCCGAAAGAAACAGUGCCAUCGAAGAACGAGACAAAGCCCUAGCCGCCCUUCAUCUUCGCGAAGAUUCUAUAAACGAGAAUAAUAAUACUAAUAAUAAUAAUCUCUCUCACGACGAAUCAAAACACAUUUACCAACAGAUGCAUGACGUUCCAUGGCUAGCAGAACCCGCCUAUCACCCAACCCUAGACGACCCAAUCCACGUCAUAUCGGAUCAUAAUACUGCAAAACCGAAGAAAGGUAAGCAAAAGAAAGAAACUGCCAGCUCUUCUAGAAAACUGCCUAAACCGAUUGCAGGUAAGGUUGUUAAAAGGGAAGCCGAGAUUCAAAUUAGCAACGAUUGGACGAAUGAACUGAACUUCGGUAGUGAUGAGGAUGAUGAUGAGGAUGAAGAAGCGCCUGCCCUUUGGAGGGAAAAUUCUGGAUUGAAUCAAAUUACCUUUGAUGAGACGGUUAUGCCUGCUCCUGUUUGCGGUUGUAGUGGUGUGGCUCAUCCUUGUUAUAAAUGGGGGAAUGGGGGAUGGCAAUCGGCUUGUUGCAGUAGCGGUUAUGCUUUGUCGGGUGGUAAAAGACAGACAGGGAGGAAGAUGAGUGGAAGUGCAUUUACUCAACUGCUUAACCAGAUUGCCUCGGAAGGUUACGAUCUUUCUACUCCGGUUGAUCUUACCAACUAUUGGGAGAAUUAGAGAUGUAUUUCGAAACAGCUAAUCUAUCGGUGCUAACUGAUAUUUGACUUAUUUUGGUUGUCUUUUUUUCUUCGAAGAUCUCGUUUGGAUAUCUAUUUCUUAAGAUUAUGAUACUUUUAUUUC